AUGACAACAGUCAGCAUGUUCCUGUGUUGUUUCAGAGGUGGCUGCUAUGUGGGUCGUGAACUUGUGCAGAUAAACGUGUGUUGUGAACCGAAUGAGGUGUCCCUUCUGGCUCUGUUGUGGUACAUGAAAUCAGCCGGGGGGACAAGCAGGAUUAAUGGCACUGAAAAUGGUGCUCAGGAAAGGAAGUUUAUUGGUGGGUCCCAGCAGAUUAGUAUUAAAAUGGCAGAGAAGAUAGGAAAUGAUCGUGUGUUGUUGAAUCAUCCUGUGUCAAAAAUAGAAAAUAAAACUACAGAAGUCAUCGCACAAGAUGUCAACGGCAACAGAUACACCGCGAAGUAUUUGAUCGUGGCGUCCCCCCUGCCCAUCCAGAACAAGAUCAUCUAUGACCCGCCAUUGCCAAGUCGACGUAACCAGAUGCUGCAGAGGGCGCCGAUGGGAUCGGUCAUCAAAACAUUCAUGUACUACAGCACACCAUUCUGGAGACGGAAAGGUCUGUGUGGGUCAUCAGCUAUCGAUGACGAGGAGGGGCUGGUGGGGUUCACCCUGGAUCACGUCAUGCCAGAUGGGUCACACCCAGCUCUAAUGGGGUUUAUCUUGGCUGACAAGGCAAGGAGGUACGUGGAGUUGACGCCGGAGGAACGGAAAUCCAGAAUAGCUCACUUAUACUCCAAAGUCUUUCAAACUGAUGAGGCGUUGCAUCCUGUGCAUUAUCAGAAGGGCUUACCCAUGAAGAUCCGGUUCUUCAGUGAUCUGAGGAAGCCCAUCGGCAGGAUGUACUUUGCUGGGACCGAGACGGCAACCAAGUGGUCCGGCUACAUGGACGGCGCAGUGCAAGCUGGGGAGCGGGCUGCCAGAGAGAUUCUCCACACCAUGGGCAAAAUCAGGGCUGACCAAAUCUGGCAGACAGAGCCAGAAGAUGCGGAAGUGAAACCACGGCCAUUCGACAGCUCCUUCUGGGAAAGAAAUGCUCCAUCAGUCCCUGGGUUGUUGAAACUUCUCGGCGUGACAACACUGUUUUCAGCCGCAGGGGCUGGAGGAUAUGCGUAUCACAAAUACUUCCGAUAAACCAACAACAAUGUGGUCGAAUCUACCCAUCGAAGCAAAACUGAACUGUCAUCACACCUCAGAUACAGCCGAAUCAGGGAUGGAUGCCACGUCCAAGCCAUCCGAUAUUGAUUAUUAGUCUUCAGGAAAGAACAACCUAACGAAUUCUACAAUAUUUUUAGACUUGUCUUAAUUACCAUCAGGAAGUUGAUCAUUUACACUCGUUGCCACUCGCCCCGUUCCAUAACCAGUCUGCAAGAAGACUCGUCCCCCUCCUAUUGAAGAAAGCUAUGUAUUAUGUAUGAGAAAAUUGACCAACCAAUCAGAAUGCGUGUAUGAUUGCAAGUACUUCAGUCAAAGAAUCCCUUUGGAAUUUUUGUUUUUUACACAUAUUGUGUACAUGUAUCUAAAAUCAUCCCUAAAAUACAGUUGUGCUUGAUCAUACUGUUUAUCAGUACAAGUGAGAUGUGUUUUAGAAAGCAGGUGUAAUAUUUAUGAUAUCUGGAGAAAAUAUAUGUGAAACAUUACACGAGUUCACAAAUCUUUUAGCUAUACCUGUUUGCGCUCAGAUUGAACCCGUCACAAAAAUAGUCGUAAAAAUAUGUGAGUAACUAUUUGGGUUGUCUCGGAAAAAUAUGAGUUGGUCGCGAAAGUAACUUGGACUAACAAUAUAACUAGAAGCGCUUGUUUGUAUGACAUUCUGCUGGGCCAUGUAUCACUUUGUCAUGUUUAUUUGCCAAAAUAUCAUUGACCUGCCUCACUAUUUGAAAACAUAUGUUAAUGUAAACUUGCUAUUAUCAGCUCUGAUAUAAUCUGACUUAUAUUUCAAGGGUUGAAAUGGACUUCCAUUAAUCCAUAGUACAGUAACAUAAAAAUCAGUGCAUCAGUGCAAAUAUCCAUCAAUGUAUAAAAUAUUAAACAAUAAAAUUUAGAUUAAAGCCAAAAUAAACAAAUAUUUAGUUUCCUAUUUCUGAACCUCCCCAAAUUUGGUAGAUAAGAUCAAAUUUUUACCUUUUGUUUUUGUUUCGUGCACACAUUUAAUAAUCCAAUUCAGUUUAGUAUAAUACAUACAAGAGUAAGCUGGAGACCCUGAGGAAACAGGAUUUGGUUUAGGAGCUCCAAAUUGGGUGUGAGGGUUCCGGAUGUGGGUCACCAAUUCCAAAUUAAGUUUGGGGUUUCUGGAGUUGGGUAGGACCUCCAGGGUUGGGGGUUCGAAAUUAAGGGUGGGGAUAACAGAUUAAGUUCAGGAUUUACAGAGUAAGUUCAGGGUUAGUGACUCCAGAUAAGGUAAUUCUGGAGACACUCAUGUUCUCUUUUGUCGAAUGCUUAUACUUCGAGGAGCAUGAUCAGAUUUGGAAUUUUUUAAAAUAAUAGUUCUAUUUGAUAGGAAUGCAAAUCACCAUCUAUAACAUACCUUGCACUAUAUUCAAGAACUAAAGCGUCUUCUGAAUGAUUCACUUCACACAGUUACUGGUUGAAAUGAAGAUGAGAUUCAUCUGAACAUAAUAAGAGAAUCUCAGUCUCAAAUAGAAACAGGCCUGCCUCAUUGGAAUAGCUUUGAUGUGUUCACAUGUCUUUAUUAAACGAAGCCAAAAUAUGUAAAAUGUCUGUCCCUCUUCAUACAAGAUCCUGGAUUUCAAAACACUUUUACAAGAUUUGCAGAUGAAACUUGACUCGUCUCCUUUUAUAAAAACUUUACCCAAAAUCAGCUUAUUUGACUUUGUGUUUGAGACUUAAAGCUUUUCUGGAGCUAUAGUCUUUCUAGGAUAAAGCAAAUGUAUUGUUUAAGAUAAAACAAGUUUAUUGUUUUUCAAACAACUGUUGGAACCUGUUUUUAUGAUUUCUUAAUAAGAUGCAAUCAGUUUUACUUCCCUUAAAAUCUUAAAACCCAUAGUUGUUUUAAUAUCACUGUACAGAAAAUCCAGAAUAGACAUUUUCAAUGAAUUGUUACACAGUAGAAUAUUUUUGUAACUUUUCUAAAUUUUGUACAUAAAAAUAGGAAAGACUAGCUCAUCUUCAGGUUGUGCUGUAUUCAACUGUCCAUGUUCAUAGAUAUACUGAUAUUUUAAAGUUGGAGAAUUUCACAUUUGAAUGUUGUUGCGUGUAUUUUAUGUAUUGUUUUAGCAAAGUAUAGACAUUGUUAACUGUUGUUUAUGAAAAUCACUUUAUGAAACACCUCAUUAUUUGCUUGAAAGAAUAUGUUGUUUCUUUAUUCAUAAAGAUGUGGUAUCAGGUCAAAGGUGGUUGGAGAAACAGAGUUUCACCAGUUAGCCAAAUUAGUUGACAAGAUGGGGAUGAUGGGAUGAAUGUUAUCAGAUCAGUUUUAUGACAAGUAGUAUUUAGUUUCAGCAUAAAAAGAUGUUCUGAUGUUACUUUUCAGAAACUUUAUAACGCAGGUUAUCCCAGAUGCUUCAGCUUGUAUUUGUUUCUUGUUUGUUUUGUGUUGAAAUCCAGCUGCAUUUUAGUGGUCUGUAAAUAAUCCAAUCUGGACCAGACAAUCCAGUGAUUGACGAGAGCAUCAGUCUACGCAACUUGACAUGAAUCAGCGUGCCUGACCAACCGAUCACAUUGGUCACCUUAUAACAAGCAAGGGUUACCGAAGACUAAACCCAGAACUUUACAGAUGCUCCACACAGUAAAGAAGAUAGCUUAAUGUGUAGCAUUAUUUUGAUCUCAAUCCAAGUGUAAAUCCUAUCAUUAACACUCUGGCCAGGAUAAAAUAAAAUAUCUUUGGAUUCUGCAAAAAUUAAACCUGAUGUAACGACGUCUUUGAUAGGCAUUUUUAGAAAUGUGACAAUUACGACUGCUAGUUGAUAUCUCUCUCGAUUCACAUCUACUUUUUGUUCAGGAAGUCACGUCAGUGAUGAAAGUGUCAGAAUGAAGUUAUGUUUGUGUACAAAAUGGAUUGUAAAGUAAUUACCUUACUUAUUCAGAAUCUAUGAAAUCCAAUCACAACUUUUAUAGUAUUACAAUGGUUACCUGAAAAUUACACUGAUGCCUUUUCUGUCAUCUGUAAAAUUUCGUUCACUAAAUCAGUAAAUAAAUAAAUCUUAAGAAUGCCUGUUACCAUGGUAACUGCUUAUUUAACUUUCAUUUGUAUGAGAUAUGGCGUACCUGUAGGUUGCUGCAUGGUUUUGAUAACUUUCUUUGAAGGACAACUAGAUCUAGAGAAAUUAUUUUGUAGACUUAGCAAAUUUGUUACAUUAAAUUUACUUUGGAAAUAAACGUUAUUUCACCUUGAA